AUGCCUCCAAAUCCUAAACCCCAAUUCCCCCAGACGAUCCUCUCUGUCCCCUCAAAUUUACUGUAUUUUUUUGAGGGUAAACUACACACAGAACGAAUUGAUCGAAAUUCCAAUCCACCUGCGAUUUUCCUCUCCAAAUUUUCUGCAGUUUCAGUAAUUCCCCACAUGGGUUUGCCCGAAAUCGUCGACGUAGCUCGCAAUUUCGCCGUCUUGGUCAGAGUUCAAGGCCCUGACCCAAAAGGACUGAAGAUGAGAAACCAUGCUUUUCACCUCUACAACUCUGGCAAUACCACACUUUCAGCCUCUGGAAUGUUGUUGCCUGCUUCUUUUAGUCUUGCUCCAGCAGUUGAGCAAAUCAACAGUGGUUAUAAAGAUACACAGUCGUUGGUUGUGACUGUUGCUUCCAUUGUUGAGCCAUUUCUAUCUCUACAACACCGGGAAAGCACAUCUCAGGAGAAACCACAGAUGAUUCCUGGUGCUAAAAUUGAUAUAAUGGUAGAGGAAAAUAAAUUGGUGGAAGAUGGCACUAAGAGGUCAGAUGAGCGAGUUCCCCAUUGGUUUUCUGCACGACUAUUGGCAUUGAUUGACGUGCCCGUAUCUUCUACUGCUGUCCAAUCACUGAUUCAAGGUACUUCUGGCUUAAUGGAGCAUGGUUGGGAGGUUGGUUGGUCCUUAGCCUCGUCUACUGAUGGGCCUCAACCUUCAACAGAUGCUACACAAACCCAGGUUGAGCAGUCUUCCAUGAAGAGGCAGAAUCAUAUGGUAGGGGGACAGUCAAGCAACCCAAAUUUGAUGGGUAGGUCAACUGCUAAAGUUGCCCUUCUCGGUGUUUCCUCUGUAAAAUCUGAGGAUCUGCCAAAUCUUAACAUAUCACCCUCAAAUGAGAGGGGAGAUCUUCUUCUGGCUAUGGGAUCUCCUUUUGGUAUCUUGUCUCCUGUGCACUUCUGUAACAGUAUAUCUGUGGGAUCUGUUGCCAACUGCUAUCCUUCUGGCUCUGCUAAGAGAUCAUUGUUGAUGGCAGACAUUCGGUGUCUUCCUGGAAUGGAAGGCGGUCCUGUCUUUGGGGAGCAUGCACUGCUUAUUGGUCUACUGACAAGACCGUUAAGACAGAGGAUAAGUGGUGCUGAAAUUCAGCUGGUAAUUCCGUGGGAAGCCAUUGCAACUGCUUGCAGUGACUUGCUGCAGGAGGAGCCUCAGAAUGCAUUCAAAAGAAUCAAUUAUAACAAUGGAAACUUGAAUGCUGUAGGAAGGUUAUGUACAUCUAUCAGUCUUCACUUAAACGGUUCGUCCAAUCGUCUCCAUUCGCCUAUCAACUCUAUGUGCCCUCCCCCAUCACCUGUUGAUAAGGCAAUGGCUUCUAUAUGUCUCGUCACUAUGGACAAUGGCGUAUGGGCAUCUGGAGUUUUGCUCAACAGCAAAGGCCUGAUUCUUACAAAUGCUCACUUGUUGGAGCCAUGGAGGUUUCGGAAAGCAACUGCAAAUGGGGAACGAAAUGAAAGCAAAUCAGAGGUACUUGUCAACCCAUUUGAUGAUUCUUUUCCUUCUCGGAAAGUGGGAAUUGGUGGUGACCCUCGAUCUCAAGGUUUGCUGCCAAAAAGACUGGAAACCAGAGGCUCUUCUGUUGUUAAUGACCCUGGGGACCAUAAAUUGAAUUGGAAUGUCACUCACAGAAGCAUACGUGUUCGCCUGGAUCAUGGGGAUCCGUGGAUAUGGUGCGAGGCUAGGGUAGUGUACGUCUCCAGAGGACCUUUGGACAUUGCCCUACUGCAGCUUGAAUGUGUUCCGGAUCAUCUCUGCCCUAUUGUUCAGGAUUUUGCAUGCCCAUCCCCAGGAUCAAAGGUAUUUGUCAUUGGACAUGGACUUUUUGGGCCACGAUGUGAUUUUGCCCCAUCUGCUUGUGUUGGUGUUGUUGCAAAAGUCGUAGAAGGAAAGAGGCCUCUACGCAACAGAACCAGUCAGCAAGACAAUCACUCACAUGAGCGUAUUCCAGCAAUGCUAGAAACAACAGCAUCUGUGCAUCCUGGUGGUAGUGGCGGUGCUGUUGUCAACACAGAUGGUCAUAUGAUUGGGCUCGUCACGAGCAAUGCAAGGCAUGGUGGAGGAACGGUGAUACCACAUCUGAACUUCAGUAUUCCAUGUUUAGCUCUGGAGCCCAUCUUCAAGUUCUCACAAGACAUGCAAGAUUUGUCGCUGUUGGACGAUCUUGACAAACCUAGCGAACAUCUUUCUUCCAUAUGGGCAUUGGUGCCGCCUUUAUCUCCUGAACCGAGCCCACCAUUGCCCUAUCUGCCGCCAUCACAGUCAGGUGAUACCAAUAGAGAUGGGAAGGGUUCACAAUUCGCUAAAUUCAUGGCAGAAAGGCAGGAAAUCUUGAGGAAAUCAAGUCACUUCGCUCCCAGUAAGUUGUGACUUGUGACUAUCCACAAUUCCCAUACAAUAAUACUAGCAAAAUAGUCACCCACUUGAUUUACCUGUAAAAGAAUGUAUAGUCUGAGCUCCGUGGAAUCGAGGUUUGUGGCUUUUUUGUCAGUUGUGAAAUGUGAAAUUGGAAAAAUCUUUUGUGUAUCAGUAGUGUAUGCUGAUGGGGAUAUUCCUUGAAUUUGGCAAGUUACCUUGAAAACUUGCCAUUCUUUCUUUGUUAGGAAAUUGGUAGUGGUCGUUCUUGUU